GUCAAGCCCCAGGGAGUGCGAGUGGGAAAACCACACUUCCCAGAGUGCACCGCAACCGCGAAGGCCUCACUACCGGCGUCCGCUCGCCGGCGCCAUUUCUGGAGAGGGGGACGGCGGUGCGGCCUGCCGUCAUGGCGCUGUUCCCGGCCUUUGCAGGCAUUGGUGAGACUUCCGGUAGCGGCAGCGCCAGGAAAGAAUUAGACUGGCUGAGCAACCCAAGCUUUUGUGCUGGAGCCAUAACCUCUCUGAGCCAACAAACUGAAGGGGCCACAGCCCUGGUUUCUGAAGGGUCACCUCUGACAAGGAGCCCUCUGAAAUCAGAGCCUUCAGAUGACAGUGACACUAACAAAAAGCCCAAACAAACAAGCAGAAAAAAGAAGAAAGAGAAAAAGAAGAAAAGGAAGCAUCACCACAAGAAAACCAGGAGAAAACAUGGGCGGUCCAGUAGCAGUGGGUCUGAGCCAGAUAGUGAUUCUGAAAAGGAUAAAGCUUCCAGAAGCUUUAGAGACAGUAAAAAGGAAUCCGAGAAACCAAACCGAGAAGGGAACGCCGUCGCUGAUACUGGGCACCGCUGCGUCUGGCUCGAGGACGUUCAGGCUCUCACAGGGGAAACCUUCAGAACAGAUAAGAAACCGGAUCCUGCAAACUGGGAGUAUAAGUCUCUCUACCGAGGAGAUAUAGCAAGAUACAAGAGGAAAGGAGACUCCUGCCUUGGCAUUAACCCUAAGAAGCAGUGCAUAUCCUGGGAGGGGGCUGCCACAGAAAAGAAGCACUCACGCAAGCAUGUCGAGCGCUAUUUCACGAAGAAGAGCGUGGGACUGAUGAACGUUGACGGAGUCGCCGUUGGCGGUAAAACCGAACCUCCCUCAUCUGAGCCGGUCUCAUUUAUCCCAGUGAAGGGCUCGGAUGAUGUGGUUCCUCCUGUUACGACCUGGCUGAACCCUCUGGGGAUUUACGAUCAGUCCACCACACAGUGGUUACAAGGACAGGGUCCUUCAGAGCAAGAAUCAAAGCGGCCAGACUCACAGACAGACAGAGAGCAUGCCCUGCUCAAGGCCAAGGUGGAGGAGUUUAACAGGAGAGUUCGGGAGAAUCCCCGGGAUAUUCAGCUGUGGAUGGCAUUUGUUGCUUUUCAGGACGAGGUCAUAAAGAGCCCUGGCCUGUAUGCCAUCGAGGAAGGAGAGCAGGAAAAGCGGAAGCGGUCUCUGAGGCUCGUUCUGGAGAAGAAGCUGGCCAUCCUGGAGCGGGCCAUCGAAAGCAACCAGAGCAGCGUGGACCUGAAACUCGCCAAGCUGAAGCUCUGCUCCGAGUUCUGGGAGCCCUCUGCCCUGGCCAAAGAGUGGCAGAAACUGAUCUUUCUGCAUCCCAACGAUACAGCCCUGUGGCAGAAAUACCUUUUAUUUUGCCAGAGCCAGUUUAGCACCUUUACGGUGUCAAAAAUUCACGGUCUGUACGGCAAGUGCUUGAGCACCUUGUCUGCCGUGAAGGACGGCAGCAUCUUAUCGCACCCCGCCCUGCCAGGCACCGAGGACGCCAUGUUUGGUCUCUUUCUUCAGCAAUGCCACUUCCUGCGGCAGGCUGGUCACUCUGAGAAGGCGGUCUCUCUGUUCCAGGCCAUGGUCGACUUCACCUUCUUCAAACCCGACAGUGUGAAAGACCUGCCCACCAAAGGACAGGUGGAAUUCUUUGAGCCCUUCUGGGACAGUGGGGAGCCCCGGGUUGGCGAGAAGGGCGCCCGAGGCUGGAGAGCGUGGAUGCACCAGCAGGAGCGGGGCGGCUGGGUGGUCAUCAGUCCAGAUGAUGAUGAUGAUGAGCCAGAAGAUGAGGACCAGGAAAUAAGAGAGAAGAGUCUGCCCAGGUGGCAGAUCUGGCUUGCCACCGAGCGGUCCCGAGACCAGAGGCACUGGCGGCCGUGGCGCCCUGAUAAGACCAAGAAGCAAACCGAGGAAGACUGUGAGGAUCCAGAGAGACAGGUGCUGUUUGAUGACAUUGCCCAGUCUAUGAUCCGUCUUUCCAGCCAGGAUCUUCAGUUUCAGCUGGUUGCGGCCUUUCUGCAGUUCCUGGGCGUGCCUUCUGGCCUCAGCCCUCCAGCCUCCUGCCUCUACCUGGCCAUGGAUGAGAACAGCAUCUUCGAUGACGGGCUUCAUGACGAAAUGCCACUGACUUUUCUCAACCUUUCCUCUUCCGGUGUCAGCUGUGUUGGCUGCUCAGACCCACUGGGCCGCCGGCGCUGGACCCGGGGUCACAAUCGAGAGGGCGAGGAGUUCAUCCGCAACAUCUUUCACCUUGUGAUGCCUUUGUUUUCAGGCCGGGAGAGGUCUCAGCUCUGCUUCUCUUGGUUACGGUACGAGAUCGAGAAGGUCAUUUGGUGUCUGCACACUAAAAACAAGAAGAGGCUAAAGUCACAGGGAAAGAACUGCAAGAAACUAGCCAAAAACCUCCUGAAGGAGCCAGAAAACCGCAACAGUUUUUGCCUCUGGAAGCAGUACGCACAUCUGGAGUGGCUGCUUGGCAACACCGAGGACGCCAGGAAGGUGUUCGAUGCGGCGCUCAGCAUGGCGGGGGGCAGAGACCUGAGGGACCGUGAGCUGUGUGAGCUCGGCCUCCUCUACGCCGGGCUGGAGGCGGAGCUGUUGCCGGACCCGAGAGGGGCCGCCACGGCACGAGCCGUUCACGUACUGACCAGGCUGACGGAGCAGGGGCCCUGCGGGCCCUACUCUGGGCAGGCGCUGGCCGUUCACAUCUUGAAAGCUCGGAAGGCGUACGAACACGCGCUGCAGGACUGUUUGGGCGACAGCUGUGUGUCCGCUCCGGCUCCCAGCGACUCCUUCGACCGCCUGACUAGCCUGGUAAAAUGCUUCAUGCUCUUUCAGUACUUGACCGUAGGGAUCGACGCGGCCGUGCGGGUGUACGAGCAGGUGUUCGCAAAACUGAAGGGCUCUGUUCCCCCCGGGGGCUCCGGCCCGGAGGACGGUGCCCGCGCCCAGGGCCCCCACGGCGCGCUGGAGGCCGUGACGCUGAUGCACACGAGCCUGCUCAGGUUCCACACGAAAGUCAGCCUUUACCCCCUGGCUCCUCUGCGACAGGCUCUCUCCGAGGCGUUAAGGUUGUACCCAGGCAACCAGGUGCUUUGGCGGGCAUACGUGCAGAUUCAGAGCAGGUCCCACACAGCCAGUGAGACCAGAAGAUUUUUCGACGCGGUCACCAGGUCUACCAAACUCUUGGAGCCUUGGUUGUUUGCGAUCGAGGCCGAGAAAAUGAGGAAGAGACUGGUGGAAAGUGUUCAGAGGGUAGAUGGUAGAGAGGUCCACGCCACAAUUCCCGAGACCGGCUUGACACAUCGCAUCAGAGCCCUGUUUGAAAAUGCGUUGCGGAGCGACAAUGGCAGCCAGUGCCCCUUACUGUGGAGGAUGUACCUGAAUUUUUUGGUUUCCUUAGGAAACAAAGAAAGGAGCAAAGGCGUGUUCUACAAAGCACUUCAGAAUUGUCCCUGGGCGAAGGUGCUGUACCUGGACGCCGUGGAGCACUUCCCCGAAGAGAUGCAAGAGGUCCUGGACCUGAUGACGGAGAAGGAGCUCCGGGUGCGCCUGCCCGUCGAGGAGCUGGCGCUUCUGCUGGAGGACUAGACCAGGAGAGAACGGGCCCUGCCUUCCGGGCCUCUCACCUGCCCUGCCCCCGACCCCCCCACCGGAGCCGGGAUGCGCAGGACGGGGACGCAUGUGUGUGAGCAUGUGUCACGAGACCUCCGCUUUUCAGGUUUAAUUCUUAGUAAUUUGGGUCUGGGUUAUCAGUCUUUUACCUCUUGCACAUUGUUUGGAUGUGUGAAGGACACAAAACCAUUGUUUACAUAUUGUAUAUGUGAAUGUGUGUACGUAGGGAACAAUCCUGCCAAGUGAAAACUAAACCCGUGGCUCGUGUGCGGGAGGUCUGUUCCACUCCUCUGCCCGGCCGUGAACGUUCCCCACUGGCACCCUUGGUGGCCCUGCCGUCGUGGUAGGAAAGGUCUGGUUUCUGAGCACUCGGACCUCUCCCCGCAGCUGGUGAGGAGAGCAGCUUUUGCCCUUAAGAGCCGUUUAAAACUUGGUGUUCUGGCCUCUCUCCCGUUUUAAGUUUCUCAUUAUUUGCUAGGCUCUUGAUGCCACCUCCCUUCUGUGGACCAGGAGCAUCACCUGGGGGCUUGUUAGAGAUGCAGCCUCCGGGCCCACCUCAGCCCUUCUGAGUCAGGGCCUGCACUUGAACAGGACCCCCUGGGGACUUAGGUGCACCAAGUGUGGGGGGCACUGCCCAAAGGACCCCUGCGGCAGGGGAGUGUGCAGGCGGCCAUCUGAGAAGUGCAGAGUGGAGCCAGCGCCUUUCCACCAAACCCACCCCUGCCUGGGGGCUGUGACACAGGGGCCCAGACCCAGACCUGCCAGGCCACAUUCUUGUUUUGAUUUCUGAGGGUAUGAAUGGAACGAAACGUAAAUAUCCACAUUCAGACCACUUUCUUCUGAAAAGGACACGCCUUGUAGUCAUUAAGGACACUGAACUGGGAGGAAAUUGCUCUACCUUCCCUGAGGUCCUGCUCUAAGAGAAACGCGGACUGCUGCUGACUCUAUCCUGAGCUCUAGAAUGGCUGAAGUUGUAUUUCUUUGGCAUCUCAUCCAGAGAAGCCCGUGUCGUGGAAGAGAAUCUUGCCUAGAAACCAGCGGACACUGGUUGGGGAGAAGGGCGGCGGGUCAGGGCACCCGAGGAAGGUGGCUGGCCAGCCAAGUGGACGCUUGCCUCGAUCUGCCCCGCUUCCUUCGCGGCUUCAAGACUGAACUGUUCAAGAGAGGGGAGAAGUGCCGGAAAUGGAUGAAGAAAGGUAAGGGGGAGCUCUAACAGGUUUUGAGAACCCUUGAGGGGGGUUAGGUUUCUGAACCUAAGAACGAGCAGGCAGGGCAGAUUCCUGUUGGGAACCUUGCUUAGCAACGCCAAUACCUUCCUGCCCAAAGGAUGCUAGAACCCUCAUGCUCCACAGACCUUCCAGAAGGGAAAGCUGAGUUUCCUUCUGAAGCCAGAACCACACAGUCGGCCUCUGUUGCUUAAACAGCAGACACCGCUGGCUUUGUGGCUGCUGUUGUCCAGCCCUGCCGCCGGCUCUGGGGAGGAGAGCAGGGCAGGAGGUGUUCAGGUCUACACUCCUGGCCGUCACCCAGAAGCCUCCCUAACGCCUUGGUCCACCUAAUGCCGGACCAGCUGCUGAGCGGCUGGCAUGGAGGCUCCAGAAACGGGACAAACUGAGGAGGCGCUCACUUUAUUGGGGGGAGAGCACUGCACGUGGCCAACACAUGAAGGCAGCCUGGCGGGCACCCUACACACCGCGUUCAAAAAGGGACACGGGAGGUUUUGCUAAGAAAGACCAAUGGGAACGUGGGUUCCUCUGGGCGGCUUCCCAGCCUCAUCCCUCGGAGGAGUCGGGACACCCCGUUUCCUUGAAGGCAGAUGUGGUCACUACAAGUAGAGCCCUUCAGGGGUGCCUUCUUGUUUUUUAUAAAGAACGUUUUCUUUCGAUUUUUUGAAGUCUUCAUUUGUUACUUUCAUUCUGCGUUCUCUCAAGGCCAUCAAACCAGCUUCUGUACAGAUCGCCUGUGAGAAAGAACAAACAGUAUGUUCAGAAAAUGAAAUACUUUGUGUUCUAAUGAUUCCGAGAGCUACUUUGAAAUAAGGUGUAAGACGCCCACACUAAAACUCCCUCAACCAUUUGGGAAAAGAUGAGAUCUUGUGAAUGUCUGAAGCCUUCUAAUGAGUGGCUCUGAGGAGGAGGACUGGCUCGGGGUCUACCCGGCGGAGUGGCUUGGGAGGGAAACUCUACCAACGCCCCACCGUUGUUACAGGGAGCCACGUUCCCGGGCCACAGAUGCCGUUACACCUGGAAACUUCGCGGCAACAGAGCACACGUACAGUUCACCUACCUACACUGAGGAGAGAGCAUGCGUUCUGGCUAAAUGGAAAUCUCCCCAUUUACUGCAUUUAUUGUCUCGCAACACUUGCCAAAAGUAAAACAACCCACGCAACAUGAUGUGAUAAAACCACAAUCUCAGCACUAAGUUUCUAUCUGGUUGUGACCCUCAGGAUAUUUCAAAUGGUUCAGCAAAAAAAGAAAGUGAACAGAAUGAUAAAGCAAAGAGGUAAAACGGUAACACUUGGUGAACUGAGGUGAUGGGUAUGUGGGCAUUUACUAUUGUUGCAACUUUUCUGAAGACUUCAAAUUUCCUAAAAUACAAAGUUGGUGCAAAAUUUAAAAACGCUCUUUAAAUUGAAGUUACCGACAAAGACACUAACCUAGUUCUACAGAUGCCAACGAUACACAGUUCAGUGCAGGCACCGGCGUGAAAAGGCCCCACAUGCGCCGUCCCUACCUGACCUUGGCACUUACCCCUACCUGACAGAAACCCAGGUCCUCACAUACAAAGCAGGCUGGACGCACACUCAGUGCUGCCGAGCCUCGCCCUAAUUCUGGUCAUCUGGGAAGAAAUGUCCUCACGCACACACACAACCAAGAGGUACAGUCCAGCCCAGGUUCUCACCUUGAUGUCGGCCCCAGAGAGGUCAUCUUUAGCCAUGAUCAAGUCGUCCAGGGUCACAUCAUCGGCCAGCGUCAUCCUGCUUGUGUGGAUCUGAAAGAUGCGCCUCUUGGUCUUUUCAUCGGGCAGGGGGAACUCAAUUUUCCUGUCAAUGCGGCCUGCGGGUAUAAAAGGUUUCCAGUCACACCCCUGUGGCUCCCCCCAGGCUCCGCUGUGGCUCGGGAAGCCUGUCUCCUCAGACCUGCAGUUUCAGGGGGAAACUUCCCUUGUGGGAAGGGUCCAAAUCUUGAAAAGUGAACACUGCUCUCUGUAAAUAUCCACAUUUGAAUUCAUCCCGUUUAAAAGAAAUCCUCUCUCCUCUGGUGCCUUCAGAAACACACAAACUAGCUACUGCUGCUUUUGGUGCUACCCGAAUGCGAAAUUAACUGGAGCUACCAUAGGAGCUAUUUCUUCAGAAAAAAGAAUAUUCAUUACGGGAAAGAGAAACGGUCACAACUUAAGACUGCGAUGAAAAGGGCCACGCUACACCUACUACAUGAUGCUCUUAGCCAUUACCUCAGUGGAACACAGCUUUUGGGAAGUUAUUCUACCCUUCAAUAACGUAUUUGCCUUGAUGUGUAUCACUUUUAAAUCCCCUGAAAGUGCACUUAAACACGAACACAUAUAAACACACUCAUUCUCCGUGAUGGGACAAAAGCAAAUCUGACCUGGUCUGAUAAGUGCUGGAUCCAAAGUUUCUAUUCGGUUUGUGGCCAUAAUAACUUUCACGUCACCCCUUGAAUCAAAUCCAUCCAACUGGUUCAACAGUUCCAACAUUGUUCGCUGGAUUUCUCUUUCACCACCGGAAUUUGAAUCGUAUCUUUGAAAAAAAAGAGAAGGGAUGAAAACCGAACUGAUCUGCUGAAGGGGAAUUAUAAAAACACCUCUGAUGCCUCAAUUCUAGCAACAAAAUCAGCACAGCCUCCCAACCACCACAUAAUCUUACUUAAACUGUAGAUGUUUUGUGCCUGAGAUGGCAUCAUUAAUUCAGAUUGCAUGUUUGGUAUCUGAGCCCCCGACCCAACCAUGAGCUCCUGGAAAGCCUUGUGACAAUGGCUGUGUCCCCAGAGUGCAGAUGAUGCCUGGCUCAGAGUGGAAACUCAAGGCAUGGCUGCACACUAAUCUCCAGAUGGUCACGACUCCCGGGUGGUUGUCACCUGGCACCCCGGAGCAGAGCCUAAAGCGUCCACAGCCGCGUACAGAAGGAGCCGAGGCAAACCCAUGUGCAGGCCAUGCAGGCAGUGCUCCGUGAUCAUUCUCAGACAAGAGCUACAAGGUCUUUACCUCUAAAUGACACAAAGAGAAAAAUGUACCUUUUUGUUCCGAUGGCAUCAAUUUCAUCAAUAAACACGAUGGAUGGCGCGUGUUCUUCUGCAACUCGAAAUAACUCCCGAACGAGUUUGGGCCCAUCACCUAGGUACUUCUGAAUAAGUUCAGAGCCAACCACUCUUAGGAAAGUGGCUGAGGUUUGGUUUGCUACUGCUUUGGCUAAUAAGGUUUUACCUAUUUUAGGUUAGAAAAAGAAAGACAAAGUGAAAAAACCCUCAAGUGCUGUCUUAACUUGAAAACCCUGUCACUACCACCUAAAACGGGCAGAUCCCUCUGAUGAAAAGGCAUGCCGCCAUUCCAGUGUCUUGACAUUAUGUUCUCCAAGGCAGAUAAGAGGAAAUUCAGAACGUUCUGAUUAUUUUUAACCAUCUUCCUAAAGUCAUCAUCAUAGUGUCAGAAAAUACACUUUAUUGGGUUAUUCGAACUUGCAUAGAAGUUGCAAGUUAUUAACCCGAUGCAUGCCACCAGGGUUUGAGAUCCAAACUCUACUCUGAAACAAUCAGUGAUGGAAAAACGGCCUGAGAACCCUAGGUCUGACCUAAGGAAACACUCUUUAGCACCAGGCCUGCAGCCCCCGGGGCCACCCGAGGAGUCGUGGCUGUGCUGGCUGGGCUUCCCCGAGGCUCAGCUGAGACAGGGCCAGCUCCCAGUGAAACCCACAAAUGAUAGUUCAGACUUUUCUCAGUCUCUGUUGUGUCCUUGUGAGGAACUUCCUCUCACCAAUCUCAGGGAAGAUCUCAAACAUUUCCAGUCCUGCCCCGUUCCUUGAGAUUUCUAUUUCAGGUCAAAACCAAGAGAUCUGGCAGCCAUUUUGUGAACUUUAGGGCUGGAAGACCUUGGCCCCUUUGAUGGUGAGUGAGGACAGGGGCACAGGGCCAAGCAGGAGCAUCAGGACACGGUGACAGUUAGAGCAGGGCUGGUAAAGGACCAACCUUAGGCCCGCGGGGGAAGGGGAGGAGGCUGCCGGGGAGUAACACGGAAGACUUAGUUCAAGUGGGAAGAAGGACGAGGCGCUAAGCUUUACUACAAGAUGUGGCCACGACAUCCUUGUGGUGAGACAGACAGAGGGCUGGGUAUGAAGGCUUAAAGUGUGGAGACUCCCCGAGAGAAUCGACUAGGGCUGGUGAACAGAAGACAAAAAGGACCUUUCUAAGUGGGUGGCAUCUUUCAGUCCAGAAACGGCCAAGGCCAGCUGCUGUGGCACUGCAGUAGCCAGAGGGCUCACAGAACUGGCUUCUUCCUCCUCCUGUCAGGCCCACCACCCUGUGCUUCACCCCAGCUCCUCAGAUCGGUCCCCAGCAGUGCACAUGCACCAAAGGAGGCCUCUCUUCCAGCCUCAGCCCUGUUGCCAGCUCACUCCCAGAGCGACCGCGGCCUUGGGCUAGUGGUCACUGGCCUCUCUGAUACUUGAUUUCCUGGGCUGUAAGAGGACAGGCUGCAGAAGCUCCAUGCCUCUGGAGCUCAUCUCCACUUGUCUCCCAGUCCCUCCACUGUGGGCAGUCCCCAGUCCUCUCAGGAUCCUCCUGGGAACGUGGUUUCAAUUCACUCAAAUAACUGUGCUUCCUCUGGAAUUUACACAGCGAUGUACUAAGUCCUGGACUGUACAAUUUACUCAGGUCAACUAGUCGCACGGUGAACCAAAUAUAUGUGUUUUUAUCUUCAUCUACGUAUACAGUAUUAUAUUCAUUCAGUACCAAUGGACCAGAGAAUGAACUUAAUCUGAACAGCACAGAAUAGGUUUUAAAUCAGCGGUUCUCCACCAUGGUUCUGAUGUCUGGCCACACACUCCAGAUGCAGAUCAGGAUUUUCAGGGUGGGACCAAAUACUGGUAUUUUUUAAAGCUCCAGGGUGAUCCUAGUGUACAGCCAAGGUUGAGCAUCCUGGUUUAUUUCCUGUCUUAUAAAGUAUAUUUAAUAGACUCACACUAAUCUUGAAUCAUAAAUACUUGAAAGCCUUAUGUUUUACAGCAUGUAAAUGAGGUAUACAAGAGGAGUUCUAAGAAACUGUAAAUGCAUUCACACUGAGCAGGCAUUUGGGGUGGGGGCUGCCUACUGGUGUUCGUUUUUUGUUGCAAUUCCUACUACUGUUUUUAACACAUUAAGUCUGUUAAGUCUACAAUUUCAAGUCUAAGAUAAUUCAGUUUCUAAGCAUCUACUAUACAGAUAAAUAUACUUUUGUGUAAUA